AAGUUGGUGUUUCCAGACGGCCGUCGCUUGAGCAAGCACCGAUCUCAUCAUGUCAAGGCACCUUCGCUUCGUUGCUCGGACUGUGAUGGUUGAAAACGGCAACGUUGAUGCCGCAUACACGGCUUUAAACAGGUUCCUAACUCAGGAGGGGAUUAUUGAAGUCGUGAAGCGCAAGCGCUACUUCGAGAAGCCCUGUCGAGAGCGACAGCGGAAGAACUUUGAGAAUUGUAGGCGGAUCUACCACAUGGAAAUGGCCAGGAAAAUUGCCUUUAUCUCCAAGACAAGCAGAGAGGAUCCCUGGCUUGGCUGCUAGGAAAAUGGAGUGUCAUGAAACAGGACGUUAUCGAUGGACUGGUUGAGACGGAGCCAGCAAAGUGGAGGAAGCAAACAAUAUCAACACAAUGUCACUGACACAUCCAAAUGAACUUUGGAAAUACAGAAAAUAACAGCUUUCGUGACGUCAUAUUGUUUAACGGUAAAAGAAAAGACCAUGUUUGAAGAUGUGGAUUGAUUUGCAGGUCAACACUUAGUGCUGUUUUCCCCUUUUUUCCCUCUUAAAUUCUGAUGCAGGCCUUACAUUAGGACAGAAAGAUCCUUGUACUUGUGAGUGGUUGUAAUGAGCAGGUUAAUGAAGGCUUGGUUGAUUUUGUGUUUUGAAUCCUCUCACACAGUCUUGCUGAUUAAAAAGCUAAUAAAUAUGACAUUUUCCUAAAAUUUUGUGUCGGUGAAAAAGUAUUAGUAAUCACAGUUAAACUUAUAUUUAAACAAAAAAGACUAAGUGGUAUAUUCUGUAAACAGAUGUGUGUAGGGCACAGUAUAAAGUGUUACCUUGCCUCCUUAAAAGCUUUGGAAGUAGUUUGACGUGAUCUCAUUUGCUGGAGGAAAUUCAAACAAUACAGGAGCUGUUUUUUGUGUGGAAGGAGUCUCCGCUCAGCAGCAGCCUGCUGUAAAUUAAUUUAAGGUCACUACUGCACAGUGUGGUAUAGAUGACCACUGAUGUCAGCAAACUCCCACAAGUGAGACACAUCAGCCAUGCACAUCUGUCAGAACCAAGCUUUCACCACAGGGGUUCUUAAUGUGUGCACUUGCUCUCGCCUCCCUCACACAGGGAAACGUAAACAUUUGCAGCAGGCUCACUUGUCUUUGAGGUUCCCAGGUCAUGUUGAUUCCUAAGUCCUGUGGCUUCGGUCAGUGGGUGGCAUUGUAAAGACUGAGGGAGAUUACCUAUAAUUUACACUCAGAGCGAUUGACUGCUGUCUCUGAUACCGCUUUAAAGGCCCAUUACUGCCUCCAGUAUAAGAUAAUCCCCAAGAAAGCUGCUGACUGUUCUGUGAAUUUUUCAAAGAUACAGGGAUGAUGAUGAUGAUGAUGAUGUUGAAUUUUUUCAAUGUAAUUCUUCUACGACUAAAUUUCCUUUCACCUAUCUGCAUGGCUACGUAACACUAGAGAGAGGUAAAAAAUGUUCUCUGACCCUUUUGAAGAACUGAACAGCUUAUCAUAUUUGAAAUAUAUAAGUGGCAAGUAAUCCGAUAGUUCAAGCUGUCUGUUGCUAUUAGUAUGAUUUAUCAUCUUUAUGUAGGUUUUUACAAGAAAAGGGAGAACAUAAGGUUUCUCAGGUUCAGUCUGGCUCAGUUGCAUUGUAAAGGUCAAGUCAACUUUAUUGUCAUUCAUAUGCAUACACUGUAUACGGCUGAACAAAAUGUCAUUCCUCACAGACCAAAGUGCUAAAAACAGUGCAACUUUACAUACAACAUACAAACAAAACAAUACUACGAAGGCGGGUGUGUCGCAUAAGACUACUGCCAUUUAAGAUGCUGUGUGUACCUGAAUGUAAGCAGUAAAAAGUACCCAUGAUUGACACAAGAAAAAAAUACUAAGUAGCUUAUAAACGGUAGAAGAAGAAUAACACAUUCUUAAUGUAGUUCUCAAUAUGGUUACUGCAUGUAGUUAAUAGAUAAUAGCCUAUAUAGAUAAUGCGUUGUCACUGUGCCACUCUUAACUGUAAAAGACUGUAAGAGUAUAUGGAUGAGAGCAGAAGUAUAUAUUAUUUACAUAAUAUUAAGAUAGCAUAUGUUAUAAUAGUAUAGUGAUGUAAUAAUAGCAUGAUAGUAUAAUCAUUUUACCAUGAGGGAAAAUACAGUAUAUAAUUGUCUGUGUAACAUAGGUUGUUCAUUCAGUGCUGGUGUUCGGUGACUGUGAAAUGUGCAAAUGUUUUUGCUGGCCCCAUCCCAAUGUUCACACCUGCACAGUGCCACCUGACAAAUGUCAACUUAUCACUGACAAAUAUCAACAGCAGAGUGAGCAAAAUUUCAAACAUAUCACUACUUAGAUAUUCAUUUAUUUGGCCACCACUUGUCACACUAAAAGCCUGGGCACACCUUUGCUCUCAGCAACUCUAUAGGCUCUUUGGAGCUUCAUCAUUCAACUUUAAUUCAAUCAGUUUGUGAUAAUGACAAUGAAUAUUAAUUCCGACUGAAACAGACUCAUCCACACCCUGAACUUUUUGGCUCCUGUCAUGCAUUCACUGACACUCCUUUUUCCGUUCAUUCUGCCAUACCUCCAACACGUGUAACACACUAUUCUUAAAAUAAUAGUGGUUACAAUCAUAGUCAUCUACUUUUGGACAGGAAGAAGCUUUUUUUCAAGCUAUUACCUCAUGCUCCUGCAGGUAACAGCAUCCUAUUUUUGCAUGUGAUAAAAGAAGUGAUUCACUCUUACAGCAUAUAGCAAUCUCAUUAUGUAACAAUGUAAGACAUGCAUUCUAAGCUUGGUGUCUCUGGCUCUAAUAGGCCUAUGAUGCCAUGUCUCAUAAGCCUGUCUGUCUUAUCUACAUUUACUUCGGCAUGAGCAAGAAAGAAACUGGAGCUUUUGGAGUACAAAAACAAACAAAAUUGUUCCCGUCAGUGUUUUAUUUAUUAAUUUUAAGUUAUAUUAUUCCUUGAUUUUCUGAUGGCAAAGCUGUGCUCUUUUACUCUACACGGACACAUAAGACAUUUAUGUCUUGCAGAUGCUUGGUUGGAUCUAAAACACAUCAUGGGAAAUCAGACAACUAGAUGCACAUAGCCACACUGAGCAAAUGGAUAAAGAUAUGACAUUUCUGA